AAGUUACUUUUUUUACUUUCUAAAGUCUUUCUGACUAGAUCUAGUUGAGUAGAUCUAGAUCUAGUCACUAGUCUAGAUUCUAGAUCUAUAAUCUAAUAUAUCUAGACUAGUUUCUAGAUCUAUAUCUCUAUUCUUUAUGUAAACUUAAUAUAAAUAACAAUAUUAUUAUUAUUAUUGCAUGACUCUACACAUGACCUUUUACCUGAACAUUUUUCUUUGAAUGAAUAGAAACGUGAUGAACAGAUAAUUUAAUAUUCCCAGCAUCCAUCAAAAAAAAAAGUAUCAAAUGCCAGAAGAAUAUAUUUUAUUCACUGCAACUAAUGGCUAGCGGUAGUUCUCACCCUGACAAAAGCAGCAAAAAGACUCCCAAAAAGAGUUCUUUUUUCUCAUUUGGAUCAAAGAAAGAAAGUGACAAGAAGCCUUGGUUUGCAUUUCCUGGCUUUCUCCCUAAAAUGCCAGGCCACGGACGUUUUCAAGUAUCAGCUAGUGACUUUACUACUCACCCCAAGGCUAAAUGUCUCAGUAUACCAAUACAGCAAAGACUAUUGGAGUUUGAAGAUGAGGACAAUGACCGUAAAGUCAUUUUAGGUAUCUGUGCCAUGGCAAAAAAGUCCCACUCCAAACCAAUGAAUGAAAUUAUUAGACGUCUGGUGGAUAACUUUGAAAGACUUGAGGUUAUAGUUUUUGAUGAGGAUACCAUACUAAAUAAACCUGUGGAGGAUUGGCCUGUUGUCAACGGUUUUGUAUCCUUUUUUUCACAUGGAUUUCCCCUAGAGAAAGCCAUUGCAUAUAAAGAUCUUCGAAAUCCUUUUAUUGUCAAUGAUCUGGAAAUGCAGUACAUACUUCAAAGCAGGCCAAAAGUGUAUGCUUUAAUGAAGGAAAAUAACAUUCCACAUCCUCGCUAUGCUGUGCUAGACAGAGAAAAUGAUCCUGACUGUCACAUUGUAGAAACAGAAGAUUCUAUUGAAGUCAAUGGGGAUUUAUUUAUGAAACCAUUUGUUGAGAAGCCCAUUGAUGCUGAAGAUCACAAUAUUUACAUCUACUUCCCUGUUCAGGCUGGUGGUGGUAGCACCAGGUUAUUUCGUAAGGUAAAAGACCGCAGCAGUGUGUACUCUAGGUUCUGUCGUGUUAGGAACAAAGGGUCAUUUCUGUAUGAGGAUUUUAUGCCUACUGAUGGCACUGAUGUCAAGGUCUAUACAGUUGGGCCGGAUUAUCAACAUGCAGAAGCUCGAAAAUCUCCAGCCCUUGAUGGUAAAGUAGAAAGAGACCAAGAUGGAAAAGAAAUUCGCUAUCCUGUCCUCCUGAGUAAUUGUGAAAAAAUAAUUGCUAGGAAUGUUUGCAAAGUAUUUAAGCAAAAUGUUUGUGGAUUUGAUUUGCUAAGAGCUAACGGCAAGUACUACGUAUGUGAUGUUAAUGGAUUCAGUUUUGUGAAAACAUCCAGCAAGUAUUAUGAUGAUUGUGCCAAAAUACUGGGGACAUUGGUUAUGAGAGCUUGCUGUCCUCAACUUCAUAUACCUUACCCGCUGUGUACUGCACCAGAAGAUAUUCCAGUAGUUCAGACUACAUCUGGCUCAAUGAUGGAGCUCAGGUGUGUCAUUGCUGUCAUCAGACAUGGAGACAGGACACCAAAGCAAAAGAUGAAAAUGGAAGUGAAAAAUAAAAAGUUCUUUGACUUAUUUGAAAAAUAUGGAGGUUAUAAAACUGGACAUUUGAAAUUGAAAAAACCAAAGCAGUUGCAGGAAGUCCUUGACAUUGUUAGGGAUCUAUUAGCUGAAGGUCACUGCAACACAGAUCCAGAAGUGGCAGAGAAGAAAGCAAAAUUAAAUCAGUUGAAACUAGUACUUGAAAUGUAUGGUCAUUUCUCAGGCAUCAACCGCAAAGUUCAGUUAAAGUAUCAGCCAACCGGCAGACCAAAGAAGUCAUCCAGCGAGGAGGACUUGAGCGACUCAUCUGAUCCAGGGGUGACCUCCCCUGAUGAACUAGGCUCAGUUUUGGCAGACCAUGAGACUUUAGAUCUGGCAGAUGACUCCCCAAGAGAUCCAUCCCUUGUACUCAUAUUAAAAUGGGGAGGAGAGCUGACGCCAGCUGGGCGUGUGCAGGCUGAAAACUUGGGCAAAGCCUUUAGAACAUUGUACCCUGGUGGACAAGGUCAAUUUGAAGCCCCUGGUCUUGGUUUUUUAAGGCUUCACAGUACAUUUAGACAUGAUCUUAAGAUCUAUGCUUCUGAUGAGGGCAGAGUUCAAAUGACAGCUGCAGCCUUUACAAAGGGGUUGUUGGCCUUAGAAGGAGAGCUAACUCCUAUUGUUGUGCAGAUGGUAAAAAGUGCUAACACCAAUGGAUUGUUAGAUGGAGAAUCCAAUACUUCCAAAUAUCAGAUUGUAGUAAAAGAGAAAUUAAAAGAUAUCUUCAAUCAAGACAGAGAAUUUACAGUUGAGGAUUAUCAAAAAUUGGCUGCUACCAACAGCAUCUCUUUAGUGAAUGCUAUGCAGUUUGUAAAGAACCCAUUUCAAAUGUGUGUCAGAGUGCAUGACAUGAUUAAAGAAAUCACUUCUCGUAUACGUUGUCUCAAAAUGGAACUUAAAUCUAGAGAUCUGACUUUGUUCAAUGGGGAAUCCUGGGAACUGUUGAUUAGAAGGUGGGCAAAGCUUGAGAAAGAUUUCAGAUUGAAAAAUAAUCGUUUUGAUAUCAGUAAAAUCCCAGACAUCUAUGACUGCAUCAAAUAUGACCUUCAACAUAACCAAAAAACUCUUCAGUUUAAAAGAGCUCAAGAAUUAUUUAUGUGUUCAAAAGCUUUGGCUGACAUUAUUAUACCUCAGGAAUAUGGUAUCACCAAAGAAGAGAGACUCCACAUUGGCCAAAACUAUUGCACACCUCUGCUGCGUAAGAUUCGCUGUGACCUCCUUCAAUGUAUUAAUGAACAGACGACUGAUGAAAGUACCACUCGGCUAGACUCUAAGCAAAUUCAGUUCAUUCUCCAUGAAUCCAACGAUAUCGACAUUUUAAAUAGAUAUUCCAAUGGAGUAGCUUCCCCUGAAAGAUUUGUGAGGACAAGACUUUAUUUCACAAGUGAGAGUCACAUUCAUUCAUUGCUGAACAUGCUGCGCUAUGGAGACUUUUUAGAUGAAGAAAAAGAUGAACAGUGGAAGAGAUCAAUGGAUUUUAUUGGAGCCUGUGCAGAACUGAAUUAUAUGUCUCAGAUUGUACUGAUGAUGUUUGAAGACCCUGCCCAAGAUGAAGGAUCUGAUGAUAGAUUUCAUAUUGAACUUCACUUCAGUCCUGGAGCCUAUACAUCCUGUGAUGAAAUGACUUCAGAGCCAAAAGGAAUGGGCUUUAGACCCAAGCCUAACAGAGAGGUUUAUAGUGAAGCCACAACACCAGUCAUCAUUCCAGAAAAUCAGGAAGAAGUUGCAGAGGCUGCAGUUCAAGAUGUAUUAGAACUGCCUACUCCACUCAGACAAUGUGCCUCUGUACCAGAUAACAUUAAACAAGAAGAGCUUGGAGAUUUAGUAGAAGCUGAUUUGUUUGCACAGGUCCAAGAAACAGUCAUUAAAAAGGAGAGCCAGUCAGAUACCAUUGUUUGUAGCAAGCAGAAGACCAAAUUUAAGUUUCACCCACAUUCCCCUGACCCUAACACACCAGAGUGGGACUGGGGUGAUGAUGAUGAAACACCGGAAGAGGAAAAUAAAAGAUCAAGGGAGGUAACAAAACAUAAAAAGCAUAUCCAUGCUAAGGAAGAACUGCACAAACAAAAAUCUUUGCCUCCUGCUGUGGACAGCCAAUUGCAGACCAGUGUCAGAUCACCAGAUGAAGAGAAGCGAAGCUUCAGUCUUCCACGCUCAGUGGAAAUGAGAUUGAGAAAACAAGAUAGUAAGUUUGAUAAGGAAUCAAGUGACAUCUUGGAAGAAGAGAAGGACUCACUGUCCAAACUGGCUUUUAAGAAGACUGACCCAAUUCAAAUUAAUGUCUCAUUGGCUGGGGCAGAGUGUAAAUCAAGUUCUGAAGAGAAAAGAAGCAGAAGUCUAGAAGACAGCAGUGACAUAGUCACCAAACUUCGUGAUCAAGAUAUAGAUGGUAUGUCCAGUCAGUCCAGAAGAAGAGUCAGCAAAAACCUUGGUGAACAUCUCAGUGCUGCUUAUCAAAGAAACUACAGAACUAUCCAUUUGCCUUUGGGUAGUGAUGUUGUUGUCAAACCAUUGUCCCAUUUCUUCUUCUACAAUCAGGCACCGAGAGAUUUGAUGAUAUUUAGCCAGACAGAAAUUUUGAUUUCUCUGCACCAACGUGGUCCGCUACCUUUGGGAGGGCUCAGCCUGAUAGGCUCUGCCAGCUCUCCAGACUUUUCACGCCUGCACGGAGAGAUGGCUCUUGAAGGCUUCAAUAAUGUCCCCCUGCUUCAUCCUCUUGAGACAUUGCACAACAACCUGACCUUUCAUCAAAUGGAUGACUUCCUGGGGCGUGUUACAACCAAUAGAUUCUCUAUACCUGAUGUGACCAUAGCAUUAGCUUCUUUGAAUUCCAAGUCUGUAUUCAACCUGUGUUCCCCUAGCAGAGUUUCUGAGAUUCCAUCCUCCAGUAAUUCCAGUGGUGGGCCCAACUCUCCAACUGUACAGACAACUCCUGUUGACUUGUUCAAAACACUUGGUAUGUUUAUGGGAACAAGAUCAAUAUCUCAGAGUGAGAGUGAGUCAGGGGCUGAUGGAAAGCCAGAGGAUAUUAAAGAUGCUAACUGCUCCCAAACUGCUGCUGAAGAUGGUCUUCUGGAGAUAACCUCCACAAUGUCAGGCAGCUACUGCAUCACCAUGAAUAAAACUGAGGACAUUUUUCAGACACAAAACAGUUUAGAAGAACUUUGUAUUGAGGACUCAAGUGUGAAGUAACAACUGGUGGUAGUCAGUCAACUUGUUGCUGUUAUUUACUCAGUGUACAUAUCAAGAUAUGCUGAUCUGGUCUACAAGACAAUAUUGUUAUCUGUGAUUCUUGGACAGGAUUCGUGUUUGCUGGUGAAACUAUUCAAGAAUAUUAACACUAGUCUAAAACAUAGUCCUGUGUUAUCUAGUACAUUUAUGUUUGGCGGAAUACCUUAGAAGUUGAUUCUAUUUCUCUGGUGUGACAAAUUGACUAAUUUAUUUAACAUAACCACUAUGUUGACUAUUUAGUGAUAUUACCUCUGUGCUUUUUUUUUUCUAUAUUUACGUUAAAUAAUUUUUUUAAAACAACAGAACCAUUGAAAAACUAUUUUGUAAUGGAACCACAUAUGAAAAUGUAACGAAGUCUCAAAGUGAAACAUGUUUGUCAGUUGCAAUCAAUGAAAGAACCACGCAUUCAAACUUAUUUUAAUUUUUUUUUUUGACUUUAUACUAAAAUGAUUUAUGAAUGAAUGAAUGUAUCAUUGUGAAAGAGAACAUUUUUAUUUCAAUUUAUUGUGUUUGAGAAACAGUUUGAAAACAUCUGCACAAAAUGUGUAGAUGUCAAGAUCUGUCAUUGAAGACAUUCAACUAACAGAAAAAAGGACUUGAACAAUUCAUAGCCACCUGCUUGUUCUCUUAAUGCCUGCAUUUUUUUGUUUUUACAAGACUACACAAAAUAACCAUGUUGUGGGGUGGGGGAUGUCUGUGUACUCUAGUGAAAAACAUACUGUUGUGCUACAUCACCUUUUAAAAUAUUGUAUAAAGAAAUAAGAAUUGAAUUAUCCAAACAUAAACUAUGUAACAGAACUGCAAUUAUGAAGAAGAAAUGUGAUGUUCAAAAUAUAUUGUUGUUCUGUGUAAUCAUUAGAACAGAAAUAAAAAUGCAUUUUAGAAUGUAAGAUGUCAAGGCAAUAAAACUAAUGUCAUGGUUAAUUAAUGUUGUUCUUACUUUUUCAAAACUUUGUACCCUAAUGUUUACAUUGGCACAGAACAGACAUAGUUCUACUACAUUGUUCCCAGUAAUGAUGAUAGAAAUAAACUAUUAUGGAUACCUUGUAGUUUAGUUUGCCAAAUUUUAUACAGAAAUUGUACAUUUAAAAAUGUAUAAUUGUACUUACAGUUGAAAGUAAAGGAAAUUGGUUGCUGUGGACAACCUUAUUGACCAAGAAAAAAAUCAAUGAAGCUAGAAUGCAGUUUUCCUUGUAGCUGUAAUUAGUUUUACCCAUAAUUAAAAUUAUAAUAAUUAAAAAGGACUAGAUAAUAAUUGUGGACAUUAAACACUUUAUUUUUGGAAAGGAGGAAAGAGCAAUGAUCAGACUACUUUUACUUCAAUCAUUUGUGGAUAUGCUCGACGCCCAUACAUAAAGUUAAUGUCUAUAAAUGAGAUAAAAAUGGCAUCUCUUAAAAGAAACUGAGAAAAUGAAUAGUAUUUAAUUUAUAAAAAAAACAAGGUCAAGAACAUUUGAAAGUUUAUUCAAUAACUAAAGAAACACUAAAAUAGUGAGUUGAAUAUACAGAUGAAAAUACAUUCACAAUAAUAUUAGCCCAUCAUGGAGUUAGGAUAUUUACAAAUGGCUUUCAUCAAUGUUUUCUAGCUGGCAACUCAAAGUCCAUUAGUGACUCAGCCAGGGCAGCAGACAAUUACUACAUGGUAUAGCAGUAAGAACCAUCAAUCUUCCAAUUAGUCAUUUCAAUGAUUUCUAAGGCCUUGUCUAUUUAUUUCUUGUACCAAAUGUUCAGACACUUUGUUCAAAUAUAUCAAUAAAUAGGAUUCUCAGCAAAACAGUCAGUGCUAACACCAACUAAGUUGAAAUAAGGGAUCAAAAAUCAUUUCCUUUCCUUAUGUGACAGUUACAUUCAGUUGCAAGUCCAUUUAAAACAAGACAAUAUUUUCUGUUUUUAACAAUUGAAAGUGAAUAUAAAUAUAUAUAUAUAUGUAUAAAAUGUCCAAAAAAAAAAAGGUAAAUGUCUUAGUAGCUAAGUGCUUAAAUAUUACCAGCCUGAAGUGACUGCAUUUUCUAGAUAUCACACAUCAACAUUCAAUAACAAAGUGAAUACAAUCAAUACACAAACAAUCUUAGCAGCUAAUCAAU